AUGAAUAUUUUUAAUGCUAGAUGUUGUCUUUUAACUUUAUUUUUUUUUCUUUUCGAAGAAAAAUUUUGCAAAAAGGGUGCCGCCUUGAGUUGCGUUUUUUCCCAUGCAAAUGAGGAACGUGAGGGUAGCGGAGGGACAUUUGCAUUGAGCAAUGGGCCGAUUUAUUACGCCCCUAGUGGGGGGCUGGCGCCGUGCGCGGUCAUCAGCAGACAGUUAAGCGGGGAUGAGGAGGAUAGAGGCGAGGACGACGGUGAAGAUGGCGGUGAAGACAGCGCUGAGGACAGAGACGAUGAUGGCGGCUUGCCCGGGGGACGCUUUCCGUACGAAGAAGGAAAGAAGAGAGGCCUUAUGAGCGGCGCAUGCACCCACCACUUGGACGGAGAUGCGGAUGAACAAACCGCAGGACAUGGAGGAGCGAAGCGAAAGAUGAGUAAGAAGGAGGAAGAGACGGAGGAUAACAAAAUUGAGAAGUUGGUAAAUGUGGAAAUGAAAAAUCUCGAGGCGGGGAAAGAGACACACGAAUAUCCCAAGGCAGAACCAGACAAAGAGGACGAGGGAAGUGGCCAAGGACGAAGGGCAAAGCUGAGGUGCGCAAACAAACUAAAUUACAUACAGGUGACGGCGAAUGACCAAAGAGAGGACGACCUAUCUGCCGAAAACCACGAGGAGAUCGCGGCAGAUUUCGUGGAAAUACCCCAUAGGAUUAAGGAAGACAUGAACGGCAUGCCAACUAAGCAGAACGAAACGGAGGAAGCAUAUGACCGUAUUAACCCAGGGGAAAAAGAAAACAACGCGAACGAGUUAAAAUUUGUGGAGGGGAAGGCCCAUAUGCAGGAGGGAGAACAGCACAGAGAAUAUUCGACUGGCCCAAUAGGGGAGCGAGAAAAACAAAGGAGUAGUAGUCCCCCCUCCAAUGGAUAUACCAAAAACAGUUUUGUCGACCUCAAGAUUGUGGCUGAUAAAUUACCCCUUAAACUUACUAACAAGGUUGGUAGCUCCCUACGCCACAAGAGAUUGGAGAAAACUGUUCAUAAGCACUUACCCUGGUCUUUCCUGGCGUCCGAUUCAGGUUCCAAUCGCGGGCCCUGGAAAGACGUGAGCAGAAGAACCUACAAUACGAGUCCAUUCAGUUUCGCCUCAAUACAUACUCUUAAUGCUUUGCACCUAAUGCCGAUGAAUUUUCAAAUCCAAAACUCCGUCAUGAAGUUAAGUGAUGAGGCGUACGACGAAUUAAAGCUUAAAAGCAGUGUCCAGGUGUAUGAGAAAGAUGCAUUGGUCGACUAUAACUAUGAGAAUUUUGAGGUGAAGGAAGGGGAAAAAUCUAAUGAUGGAAAGGACAUAUAUAAGGAAAAGGAUGGGGAGGGGGGUUCCGAUGGGGAGAACGGUUCUGAUGAGGAGGGAGAUGCAGAUUCGAAAUCAGAUCAGAACAACGGUUCGGAUGGACGUGGAUUCUUCGAUGGGACCUUGUUCACCUACGCCAUUUACAUUUUAAUAGGUGUUAUAAUUCUGCUUCUAAUUUUUGUCAUUUAUUACUACGACUUAAUAAACAAGGUGAAGAGGCGAAUUAGUUCAAUGCGGAAAAAUAACAAAUCUAUGACCAUCAAGAAUGACACUUCCGCGGGGAUAUACGUGGACGACGCCUACAUGGAGAGUCGCCACGUUUGA